UGCGGCUGAUAUAAUGUACCGUGAUGAAUUAGCGAGCUCAGAAAGAAUUAACCCAUCAGUAAAAUGACAGACUUGGUAUAUUUCAAAGCAUCUGGUCAAAUCUCAUGGAAUUUAUUGGCUGCUACAUGUUCAGUCAGAGAAAGAAAUAGUGGGGAGAGUCCAUGGUCACCUUGUAGUAUUUCACUGAAUGCCUCAGAAGAGCAGAUGGGGAUAGUGAGCGGUGAGAUAAGGGCAGCUGAAGAGCCGAUGUCAGGACAGCAUGUGAUCCCUGACAUCCCUGGGGAGGAUUCCUGCAUGGAGGUCUAUGAAGAGCCGUGCGCCUCUUGAGACCUGCCAGUUAAGUAUUGCAAUUUUUGGGCCCUGUCUGGUAAGGGCUCCUCACCUUUCUUUUCCACCAACAUACUUGGGAGUUGAGGGUGUCACUUUGGGGCAGGAUACACCCAAAGUACGUAUGUGAUACAGCCAGGAUAAAAAUGCAUCAUUCGUAAACGCCUGGGCUUUUUUAGAGUUGGCAAUCUCCAUAGAGGUGCUGUGCUAAAAUUGUGUUUUGCAUUUCGUUUCCUUGUUUUGUUUCUAUAAGCCAAGUGCUUGGCUGAUUGCGCAGGAAAUCAACUGCUAUGGGCAUUCACUUCAAUGGGCGAACUUUAAACGAGUCACCAGGGACUGGCUGCUGCUGAGUUCAAAGAGAAAGAGACAUCCAAAAAGCCCUAGCCGAGCCAAGUUAUGGUGGGAAAUAUCAGAUACAAAGAGGAGAAAACUGGAAGGCACAAUAGGUUAAAGACAGAUACAGCUUGGUUUUCCUGUCCAUAAUUGGUCAGAUUAAGGUGAGAUUGGAAUGGAGAUUUUUAAAAAAACCCAACAACCAAACAUAAAAUUUUGCUAAGGGAAGUUUGCUGAACAUCAGGAAACGUGCUCUGGUGUUGACGUUCUAUGAGCUGUGUGCAAUAAUCUGGGGAGGGAAGCACACUGAGAAAAUUAAUAUGCUACUUGACAUAAUAUUGGAAAAUGUAUUAGAAAGUAUAGUUCUGUGCAGGGCAGAAGGUGGAGCAAAAACCCUGCUAAGUUCCUGCAUUCAUUCCUCUCUUUUUCUUUCCCCAAUGAUUUCAGAAGUCUCGCGAGGCUCAGAUAACUCAGAGAGAAGGACUCACCCCCAAAAUUGCAGGCAAGCUCCCCAAAUUCAUCCGAUGUGAAGCUGCUGGGAGCUGGGAUUCCUGGUGAACUUCGCGCCUUGAUGGAGCUGCUGAAGGGAUUGCCAUGGCGCCGUGCUUUCCUGGCUGUCAUCCUGAACCUGCUGGCUCUCAGCCUCUCCACCACUGCCUUGCUUGGCAGCUACUGGUGCACGGGGACCCAGAAAGUGCCCAAGCCUUUGUGUGGGAAAAGCAAAGCCACCAAGUGCAUCGGUGUCCCCAUGCCGCCUGACGCAGGUGCUAGCAAUGUUUCAUCCCAGGAUGUGGUGCACUACAGCUGGGAGACUGGGGAUGACCGCUUUGCCUUCAGAUACUUCCACACGGGGAUGUGGCUUUCCUGUGAAGAGAGCAUGGAAGGGCCAGAAGAGAAAUGUCGUAGCUUUAUUGAGCUUUCACCACCAGCAGAGAGAGGAAUCCUGUGGUUGUCACUGGGAUCAGAGAUGCUGUACAUCAGCUUGCUGCUCAUCAGCUUCAUCCUCCUGAUGGUGGAAAUGCUGCAUACUGGCAAUCCUGUCUGUGGGUUGAAGCUCAAUGCCUUUGCUGCCGUCUCCUCUGUGCUGUCGGGUCUCCUUGGGAUGGUGGCACACAUGAUGUAUACUCAAGUCUUCCAGGCAACAGUCAGUCUGGGACCAGAGGACUGGAGGCCGCACUCAUGGGACUAUGGCUGGGCAUUCUACAUGGCCUGGGCCUCCUUCACCUGCUGCAUGGCCUCUGCUGUCACCACUCUCAACACCUACACCAAGACAGUGCUGGAGUUCAAAAGGAACCACAUCAAGGGCUACGACGGGAGCUUCAAGGAUCAGCCUCAGCACCACCAGUGCUUCAUUCAGCAGCAAAUAAGCAGUUACUAUGAGCCCCAAGACAAGCCUCUCCGUUCAGUCUCUGAGGGAGUCAACUUCUACUCUGAGCUGCAGCAGAAAGUGCUACAGCGGGAACCAGAGCUGGACCUGGAUGACGUCUUGGGACAGACAAUUGGGGAGGAUCGCUGUUAGGGAUGAGUGUGCAGGGGCAAAGCAGUGGGGUUUGGAGGCACAAGAGCUCUGAAUCAAACACUAGCACCACUGUUAGUAAGUUCUUGGGGAGCUCUUCCUACAUCUACAGUUUGGGAAGUGAGAAGUGGGCACUGGCUCAGGGCAACAGCAGUGCCAACAGUAGCAGGGUGGGUCACAGUUUGACGGGUGUCCUGAGCUAGGAAGGGUGAAACUGGAGGGACAUGUUGCUAGUGCCAGCUGUCUCCAAGCACUUUCGGAGUUGAGGCAGAUGUCCUAAUCCUAGCAGUAUUGCACCUGGGAAUAGUCAACGCCAUCCAGCCGGCAAACUGCAGCACUGCGCCUCUUUGGGUGGUGUCACAUUGACCUUCCAGCAACCUCCCUGGUUCAGUGCUACGGUGAAGGGCAUCAGUGCUCAUACUGAUCGGCUGUAAUCCUCUCUGAACACCCUACUUGUUCCUCAUUUCCAGGCCCACCCUCCUCUUCUCCCUGCCCCCAGAUUAAAAGUACUGCUGCAGUAGGAAGGGGGAGUUGCUUUCAGACUUCUCUCUUCCUUCCUAUCUGUAAUAACUCCCACAUGUUCCCUUCUUGCUUCCCCUCCCCCCCAAUCUCCCAAUCUGAGGUACUUUCCUGUCUGUCUCUUUUGUCUGUGCUUCUCCACAACCUUUAAGAAUCCUUGGCUGGGCUUUUGCUUUUUCCUUUGUUUCUCUUCAUCUGUCCCCUCUU